AUGGGCAGAAGGGCGGCGCUGCGAUUUUGCACCUGUUUUCUGCCCGAGCGACAGAGAGGCCCCGCCGCCGGCACCUUCUACGGCGGCCACGGCAUCGUCGGCGCCCAGGUGCCGCUCGGCGUCGGCCUCGGCUUCGCCCACAAGUACCGCGCCUCGGACCGGAUUUCCGUCACCUACUUCGGCGACGGGGCGGCCAAUCAGGGCCAGGUGUUCGAGGCCUUCAACAUGGCGGCGCUCUGGCAGCUCCCCGUCCUCUUCGUGAUCGAGAACAACCAGUACGCCAUGGGCACCUCGGUCGAGCGCUCGGCGGCGGUCUCCGACCUGCACGAGCGGGGUGCGGCCUUCGGCAUUCCCGGCGGGCGGGUCGACGGGAUGGACGUGGCCGCCGUGUUGCAGGCGACUGAGGAGGCUGUCGCCGGCCUUAGGGCGGGCAACGGGACCGCUGCUGCUGGAAAUGAUGACCUACCGCUACGCGGCCACUCGAUGUCCGAUCCGGCGAAAUACCGGAGCCGCGAGGAGGUCAGCAAGAUGCGCAAGGAGCGGGAUGCGAUCGAGCAAGCCCGCCAGCCCUGCUCGACGGCGGCCAUGCCGACGAGGACGCGCUGA